AUGGAGAUCCACGGAACACACGGAGGAUAAAUAGAGAUAUGGAGGAACACCGACGCGGUGGGCAGGAGAACACGGCGACUCCUCCCGUUCCCGCCGCCCCCUUCCUUUGUGAACGCGCAUCGUGAAACUAAAGUUCCUCAUCUUCAGUUUUCCUGAUCAAUCCAACUCUCCAUUAUAUCUCAGAGACUCAGAGGAACAACAGCCCCAUGUCAGACAAGCCAAAGCUCCAUGUGUACAUGGGCGCUCCUCCUCCCUUUACCAUCCUACCGGGGCCUGAAGCCAAGGAAGUAGAGGAAGAGGAGGAGAGCUGGCCGGGGAGGUGGAAGCACGUGGCACUCUGCUGGCAGGGAGGGAAGCUGAGGCCUGUGGCCAGUGCAGGUGGCUCCCAUGGCAGUCUCAGUCUCCAUCAUCAGCAUGAAAACCAAAAAGAACGUGAAGAGAGAAGAAAACUUGACAUUGAAGCUGAUCAGUCUACACUGCUUUCAUCUCACCAGGUUUAUAAAUCAAACACAGAUAAGGACAGUCUACCUGCUGAGGAGAGCUCACCUGGCCAGGCUGACCAAUCACAGUCAGAGAAAGAGGAUCUCACCUCACAGCCCAAACAAAACUUAGCAGGCCAGGAUGAAAAGUCAGAUGCAGACAAAGAGCCUCCCUGCUCUGCAUCCAUUCAUGAGUAUCUGGACAGCUGUUUUCCUGCUGACUCUGAACCAUUGGUUGACAUGUUCAGUCGCAGGUCUGUCUCAGUCCAAACUGAAUAUCUCGCUGCCUGGGCUGUCAGUCAGACUUUACUCAUGGGGGGCAAAAAAGGCAUUCAAACAGGAGAUAGCCCUGAGAAAACUCCACCCAAGCACCAUCCCACCACCAUUCCACAACCCUCAGCCCCAACUGCCUCCUCCAGCUCCCCCGAACUCUACAGCCCAGUGCCCCCCACUCCGCCCUGCGGGGGGCAAAACAGCCAGCUGGGUUCCAUGGAGCUCUUCUCUGAGCCGGUGGAGGAGGGGGGGGUGAUUUUUCAGACUACCCCAGAUGGGCUACUCUGCUCUCAGGCCAGGGAGCAACAGGAGGUGUGCAGAAGUAAACUGGUGGAGUCUAGACUGCUCAGUUUACCCCAGUCUCCCCCCCAGUGUCCCCAUCACAAGAAAACUUGCAUCUCUCCGGCGUUCGGGAGGAAAGAGACUGCACCCCCACCAGCAGAUGCCACUAGCAUCAGACCGACAAGUUCAACUACUCUCCUGGCGCAGUGUGUCCGGCCGGGGGGGCGUUAUUCUGUGCUGGUGGCAGUGGUUCACCCGUGUCACCUCAAAGAGGUCAAGGUGAGGUCCGGCGUGGCAGUGGGGUCCAGUGUUCCUCUGGUGUCGCUGGUGGUGACAGACCAGUCGGCAGUGGAGACGAAGGUGGUGCUGUGGAGGAGGGCGGCGUUCUGGGCGCUGACACUACAUCCAGGAGACAUUCUCCUCAUCACAGGAGUGGAGGUGAAGCAGGACAAAUGGAGAGGAGAGACGCUGCUUCAGUCCACCUACAGCAGCAGACUGCUGCAUGCAGGACAGCUCACUAACACCUCCUCACCAUCAGUUCCUCACAGUGUCUCAGCUCACGUCUUCAGUUCUCUGUGUGAAUAUCUGAGAACACAGCGCCCCCUAAUGGUGUCCCUUCCCCCACGCCUUCCCCAAAAUCUCAGCUGCCUCCCCUAUGCCCUGUUGAGGAACCUGCGGGCCAACAUGCUUGUCCACGCCCUACUUCUUGUCACACACACACACACUAUCACAGAGAUGGAGGGCCAGUUUAAGUCAGGCGUUGUGCUGAAGGCUGUUCUAAGUGUAGAGCAGGCAGACGGCCACCAGGGGGUAGUGGUGCUGUGGGGAGCCGCCCUGAAGUGGCUACCACAAAUCAACAAGAACAAAGCUGCAGUCUGGGACUUCCGGGUUCUCCUGGUGAGGGAUGGUUUGAUCUCUGACCUCAGAGAGCUGCACUCCACCCCAUGGGGUUCUAUUAAGCCUCUCCUGCCUGAUGACAAACGGGUUCUGGAGUUCUACCAACCCAAACCGGACAAAACUGCCACUGCUGGUCUGGAGCUGGACCUGCACACACUACUGUCACAGAAAUACUGCGGUGUGGUGGAGCUCAGAGUUCACAUCACAGCCUUCCAGUUCCAGAGCAGUCCUACCCAGAAUGUACCUCAGCAGCCUCUGGAUAGUUCUACGCCGCUGGACAGAAUCCUGGACAGGCUGCGCGGUGAUGUCACCUAUGCCGGCUGCGGUCGAUGUGCCGCUGAGCUCGACAUGGAUGUGAAUGGGAUCUACUCACCUUGCUACCCCUGCCUGCCUCACACCACUGUACGACGCUACUACAGGCCUGUGAUGUUAACAGUGAGAGAGUCAGAGAGUCAGAUGUGUGUUCAGGUCUCUCCUGUUCUGAUUCAGCGGAUUCUCCUGAACACUCCACCUGAUAAACUCCACAAGACUGUCUCUCCAGACUCAGAGGUGAGACAAGUGCAGCGAGUAGCAGAACGAAUCCAGUCUCUUCUGUCACUGCCACUCAAGACCUUCAGCCUCACUGUCCGCAGCCACUUCCUGUGCGAUGAGAACAGCAUCCCCACAAUGCAGGACUUCCUACUGCUGGAUUUUCAGUGCCUGGGGAAGUGAAGGAUUUUUCCUCUGCCCAUCCCUGUUAUGAUGUGAAUAUAUGAUUAUAAUAUUUUUAUCAUUAUGAUCAUAUGUUUAACCACGCAUUCUUUGGGGAGGUCAUGUUCCUCCAAUACUGAGAAAAUACCAAUCUGUCCCCACCAAUAUACAGUAGAAAAUAUUGUAGUGACCGGGUGAGGCGGUCGCUCUGACUGUCAGCGGUUCUGCGCCAGGGGAGCGCAAUGGCUGAUGGCACUGUUAACGUUCAUGUUAAAAUUGUGUUUUAGUGAUGUUGUGUUCAUGUUGUGGCUAUUGUAACCACAAUCCUAAAGUUCUCUUUAGGGUAAUUGAUUCUGUUGUUAACAGAAUCAAAAAAGAGAGGGAAGCAGAAGUCCCUCCACUUCUCCCUCUCUCUCUUUUUUUUGUGCCCCCCCCCCCACACACUUUUUUCUCCCCAGCUGUAUUCGGCCAAUUGCCCCACUCUUCCGAAG